UUGUGAGUAAGGACGUUGCUCAAUUGUGCUCUGGUUUUUAUUUGGUUCUGUUAUUGUUCAAACUACGGCCCUGGAAUCUAUUUCCUCCGAUAACAACCCUGACAUUAUGGGAGUUUCUGAAGAGAUCAUACCAAAUGCUGGAGUAGAACCCAGACCACCUGGUCAGGAGCAAAGUGACGGUAGUGAACCCGAGCCGGAUGAAUUCGCUCCGAAGAGAAAACAACGGAGAUAUAGAACGACGUUCACCAGCUAUCAGCUGGAGGAAUUGGAAAAAGCAUUCUCACGCACGCACUACCCCGAUGUAUUUACUAGAGAGGAGCUAGCAAUGAAAAUAGGAUUAACGGAAGCGAGAAUACAGGUGUGGUUUCAAAACCGAAGAGCUAAAUGGAGAAAACAAGAAAAAGUAGGCCCCUCAGGUCAUCCGUAUAACCCUUACUUGAAUCCAACUGCCAGCGGUCCAGCAACUUCAGUUGUCCCCCCAACAUUGCCGAAUCCUUUCAACUUACCAUUCGGUCUUAGAAAGCCCUUCGACUCGCUCACAUUCCGGUAUCCUCCCCACGUUCUUCCUGGUUAUCUUCCCUCUCCUCCAGGUUACCAUAGAGGAGGACCGCCACUUUUACCGCCAUCCGUCGGUUUGUAUCCCUCAGCUAGUUCCUUCCAGACACUUCUGGCUAAUAUAUCCGCCGCUCAAAGGCCGAAGCAGGAAUAUUCUGCGUCACCGCCACUAUCUCCCGGGUCAUCCUCCUCGGGGAUUACUCCUCCAGAUGUUGACAGGAGAAGUUCCAGUAUCGCUUCUUUGAGGCUGAAGGCGAGGGAGCACGAGCUGCGAUUGGAAAUGCUCAGGCAAAACGGCGAUAUGAUAAGCUGAACAGGAUGAUUGUUGGGUGCCAGUUUAUGGAGUGUUUUUACAAUUUGAGGUGGCAUGUUGAGAGGGACCUAUUAAUCAGAAAAAAUUCAAAAUAUUGCAUGGGCUGGAAAGUCCAGAGCCUUAGAAAACCUUAGAGCCUUGUUCAAAAUUGGCUUUAUCACGUCCAACCUGUAUGUAUGUAUCUUAGUUUCCAGGUUUUGGAACGUAUUUGAAGGGGGAUUAGGUAUGGCAAGUAAUGUGUCUGCUCUGGUAGGGCCGUGGCUUACUAAAGAUUUCAACACACUAAUUACAACAAUGUUGAUCAAAUAAUUUGGGCGCCAAGGGGUUUUUGAAGCACUUGCUGUUUAAGAAAACACUAAGUUAACUACUUAGCAGUUCCCUGCCCAACAAAAAUGAAUUGUUAAGAGUUAUUGAAUAUAUAUUACUACUAUAUGAAAACAAUAUAGACAACUUACUACACUGAUACUGGUUCUUACCUUAUACAGCGUGACUCACGGUCGAUGGUAGGUUAGACGUUUCUGGAAAACGCAAAGCAUGAU